GCAGUGUUGCGUCAUUACACUGGUGGCGAAGAAGUAAACUAGGAAGAGGAAGUAGUAGAAACAAACAAAUACUCUUAGCAUCGCCUCUUUAUUGAAGAGUGAAUAUGCGAAUGUAGCUUGGUGUAAUGUAGAAUUGGGGAAGCUCUAUCAGCAUUAUUUUAUUUAUUAUCCACGUUUAAUACAUAAUAGCGUUCCAACCAGGACCCAAGCUCUACUCCUUGUCAUGGCAUAUCGACAAGGCCGACAGUCGAUUAGAGAGGGUUAUGAGAAGCACUUUACAGCAGGGGAUACAAGAGAGGUGACUUUUCACCGAGUGGUUAAUAUUGUCGAUAGGAGACAUAACAUGCCUGUGCAUGGCACAGGCUGUAAUGAGCACUUCCAAGAUCAACAGUGGUAUGGUCCACCUCGAAACCAACAUGGCUCUCACAACUUUUACAGUGAAGGCUGCUAUGAGUCCAAUUACUUUGAUGACGAUCCCAGUUAUGGCAACUUUUUCAGUUCUUCUACUCCAUCAAAUGAGGACCAUUACAAAAGAGAUGAUCUGAGGUAUCAAAUAGAAUCAAGGAACAAGCGCAGACCUGGACGCAAUUUCCCCAGGAAGCGCCAAGGCUCAGGUCCUCCGGGGAAAAAGUUUAGUGUGGCCAAAAAAAGUAGACUUGACAAAGACUACAGAAGUUCUGCACCUGUUGUUCGGGAUCGUUCCCCUUUAAAAAGUGAAGACCGUUCAUCUGCAACUGGAGGUUCUGGUUCAAAUCCCAGCACCAGGGGUGGUUCACCUGAUGAGAAGAAGAGCUCUUCCCAACAACAGAAACAAAAUCCAAGUGUGUCAGUACUCAGCCCCUCUGCAGAGGAGACUCCUCACAGCUCGGUAUGUUCAAAGGAUCAAACUCCAGCAUCUGUGGCGGAGUCAGAGGAGGUGGCCGUGACCAGCAUGGAGCCAAAGCUGACACCGGAGGAAGACUUGAAGUCUCACCGGUGGGAAGUCAUUAAGGAGAAGGCUCUGGAAAUUGAGAAGCAUUACAGGCAGGACUGCGAGACAUUUCGCACAGUGGUAAAAAUGUUGGUGGAAAAGGAGCCCAGUUUGGAUCAUGUGCUCCAGACUCCUCUAGAUGCAAACCUGUUGGAGUUGAGACAGCGCUGCCUGGAUGACCUAAGGAAUUUUGUCAAAGAGCUGGAGGAGGAACCCCAGAAACCAGAUGCGUCUGCAAAUGCUACAGGUCACUAAACAUAGGAGUGAAGUUAAGUUUGAUAGCUUACUGCCCAUUUUUAUCAUGUUUUUUAAAGAAAUUGAGUUUACGGUAUCUAAAUGAGUAAAAUACCUAUAGGUCAUUAUUAUCACAAUCUUUUACAAAAAAUAUAAGUUCUCAUGAGAUAUUUAUCAUCUUAUAAUUAAUUACCUUUUAGUAUUGAGUGAAAUCCAGAAGGGUAAGCUAUCAAUUCUGUUUUUAACUGAGAUCAUUUCAGCAUGAUAGUGAGAAUGAGUCACAAAGGGUUUCCUUAUCGUGUUCCAACUGAUAAAAAUAUUUUGAUGUAUCAGUGAAAAUAAAUACUAUAAAUCAUAUUCAGAGUAUUCAGACCUGCACUGGAAAACAGAUGCAGUUUUCCAGUGCAGGUCUGAAUAUUCUGAAUACUCCUGAGUACACAAAGCUUUGUAUUUACAUUCCUAAAUUUUUUCAUUGUCUAUAAGUAACCCCAAAAUCAUGGUAAUAUUUUCUCUUUUAAAACAUUUUGUAAAUAAAAAAACCAUCAAUACAA